GUCGAGCAACAGCGACGCGCCAUUCCCUCUUUCUCGUCCAAUGUUCGACUGAACGUAGUUCACGCGGAAGAAUCCGUUUCCAUCCGCGAUAUAACGCGUUUUAAAACGAAUCGAAAUGACCGAAACUCUGCAGCUGAGAGGCACGCUUCGCGGCCACAAUGGUUGGGUCACGCAAAUCGCCACGAAUCCGAAAUAUCCGGACAUGAUUCUGUCUUCUUCACGUGACAAAACUUUGAUAGUAUGGAAAUUGACACGUGACGAAGCUAACUAUGGUAUACCACAGAAGCGUCUGUACGGUCAUUCACAUUUCAUAAGUGAUGUGGUUCUUUCGUCCGAUGGUAACUACGCGCUAUCUGGUUCGUGGGAUAAAACUUUGCGUCUUUGGGAUCUGGCGGCAGGGCGUACGACCAGAAGAUUUGAAGACCAUACCAAGGAUGUAUUGAGUGUUGCUUUUUCUGUGGACAAUCGUCAAAUAGUCUCUGGUUCACGAGACAAGACAAUUAAAUUGUGGAACACAUUAGCCGAAUGUAAAUAUACCAUUCAAGAUGAUGGACAUACGGACUGGGUCAGUUGUGUGCGCUUCUCUCCCAAUCACGCAAACCCCAUCAUUGUUUCUGCAGGCUGGGAUCGCGUUGUUAAAGUCUGGAAUUUGACAAAUUGCAAACUAAAGAUCAAUCAUAGUGGUCAUACAGGAUAUCUGAAUACUGUUACAGUAUCACCCGAUGGAUCACUCUGCGCUUCUGGUGGCAAAGAUUGCAAAGCUAUGCUAUGGGACUUGAACGACGGCAAACAUCUCCACACUUUGGAUCAUAACGAUAUCAUCACAGCAUUGUGUUUCAGUCCUAAUCGUUAUUGGCUCUGUGCCGCAUUUGGACCAUGGAUCAAGAUCUGGGAUCUUGAGACUAAAGAAAUGGUCGAGGAAUUGAAACCCGAAGUUGUGUCGGCAACUAGUAAAGCGGAACCUCCUCUAUGUUUAUCUCUUGCAUGGUCCACUGAUGGUCAGACACUGUUUGCAGGGUAUUCCGAUAAUACUAUUCGUGUCUGGCAAGUUUCUGUAUCUAGCAGAUAAAUACUUUGUAAUAAAAGUUUAAAACCAAAUAUCAACAUA